AUGCUUACUACGAGAUCAAUAUUACACAUUAAAUGGGGACAAAUAGAUCAGAUGCCACCUACUCUAGAUGGUCAACUGACAAUGGAAAAAACACCAAGUUAUUUUGUAACACGUGAUGUACCUCAGCGUAUUUAUAACAUGUCCAAAACUAUUAAACUGAUUGUGGUUGUAAGGGACCCGGUAACACGUGCAAUAUCAGACUAUACACAAGCGGUCACUAAACGACCGGAAAUAAAAUCAUUUGAAGAAAUGGCGUUCAUAGACAACACGUCGCGUAUUGUAGAUACAAAGUGGGCUGGAGUGAAGAUAGGAGUGUAUGCCAAACAUUUAGAAAAGUGGCUCAAAUAUUUUCCAUUAAAUCAAAUACAUUUUGUGAAUGGUGAAAAACUGAUAUCAGAUCCCGCAGGAGAAAUGGCUAAAGUGCAAGAUUUUUUAGGAUUAAACCGGUUAGUGACGGACAAACAUUUUUAUUUAAACGAAACACGAGGUUUCCCGUGUUUAAAGAAACCGGAAGGAAGUGGACGCCCUCAUUGUUUGGGUAAAACCAAGGGCAGACAACACCCUCAUGUGGACCCUUAUGUUCUAUCUAGGCUCAGGGACUUCUUUAAACCUUUUAACGCUAAAUUCUAUCAAAUGACUGGACAAUCAUUCUAUUGGGAUUAG